AUGUCCAACCCCACCGCCGGCAAGAAGGGCCACUCGGCCAUCGACGACGUUGUGUCCCGCGAGUACACCAUCAACUUGCACAAGCGCACCCACGGUGUUAGCUUCAAGAAGCGCGCUCCUCGCGCCAUCAAGGAGAUCCGUGCUUUCGCUACCAAGGCCAUGGGUACCAAGGACGUCCGUCUCGACCCUGCCCUCAACAAGAAGGUCUGGGAGUCCGGUGUCAAGGGCGUUCCUUUCCGUCUCCGUAUCCGCAUCUCCCGUAAGCGUAACGACGAGGAGAAUGCCAAGGAGAAGCUCUACUCCCACGUCCAGGCCGUCAACGUCAAGUCCGCCAAGGGCCUGCACACCGCCAUUGUUGAUGACGCAUAA